AGGAGUCGGGGACGCGCACCCAGCUGCCUCUGUGAUCUCUCUGCGCGUUCCCGAGCAUGUAAACACCUGACCGCUGCAGGGGACUGAGCCCGCAGAUUUCUCUCAUCGACAAACCCUAACUCCUCUACAGACCCCCUGUUGUUUCCACAGCUGUGCUUCCUGUGAUCGGGAUGGCCGAUGGGCAGAUGUUGGUGUCGGAGGAGCAGACGGUGGACGGCGGCCCGCUGCGGGACUCCCGGCGGCUGACUCGGCUGUACUGCAUGAAUGGCGGACAUCACCUCCAGAUCCUCCCCGAUGGGACGGUGCAGGGACAGAGGGAGGACGGGGACGUUCACACUGUUUUAAAGCUCACAGCUGUGGACAGAGGUGUUGUGGUCAUCCUCGGAAUAGAAGCCGGGCGAUAUUUGGCCAUGAGCAACGAGGGCCAACUGUACAGUUCACCUACAGUGAAUGAUGAAUGUUACUUCCUGGAGAAGUUGGAGGAAAAUCACUACAACACAUAUAUACCUCAGAAAUAUCAGGACAGGAACUGGUACGUAGCUCUGAAAAAGAACGGAAAACCUAAACUGGGUCCAAGAACUCACAUCGGACAGAAGGCCGUCUUCUUUCUGCCGCGGCAGCUGAGUGACUCUGAUGAGUGAAGACCACAAAGUGAUACCUCAAACUAAUUUAAUGUGAAGCUGCACCAGGAUGGAUUUUUGUUUAAAUACACCUUCACUUCUAUUUUUUAACUAAAGAGCAUCUUCUCUUUGCUUUGAUGCUUCACCUGCCUACAGAACGUAGAAGCCCACCUACUUUGUCUCUAUUGCCUUUGCAACAGUGUUUUGUUUUGGGAGGUGCUCCACUGACGUGUUGUUGAGCGUAAUUUUUUCAUCUGGAUAAAUUUCAACUGGCCUUUACCCACAUUUUGGAAACAUGGAACAGAAUGGUUUUUCAUAGUCUGAAGAGGAUGGCAGACGUAU